AUGACUGAGGGAAAGAAAGGGUCAGCACCAGCCCGAUCUAAUUUUCUCUCCAAGCACUGGCAAGAGAGCAUUGAAAAAGAAGAAUCUAUUCGGAAACAAUGGCAACAAAAGUAUCAUCCUGAAAAGAUUACGGAAGAGAAGGAAAUGUUAUUAAAAUCAAUUCAGGCCCAUGCCGAGAAAGAGAAGACCAAGAAAUUGAGAGACAUGUCACCUCAAAGGAAGUUAUUGUAUGAAGGAGUCUCGAAGGAAGGAGGUGGACGAGCAAGUUAUUUGAAAUCAAGAAGAGAGGAGUCUCCUACGAAGAAGAACACCUUUCCUGUUUCAAGCUCUCAAGAAAUCGGAUGGAUCAUUGAGAAGAGAUUCUUGGAAGGAAAACGUUCCGACGACCAUCUGUUGGCAACUCGAAAGGGCCAAACUAAAACUUUUUAUCGACGAGAUGGCAUAGGUUUCGGUGAUUAA